AUGGAAAAGACAAGCAAUAACCCUGGAAUUAGCAUCCUUAUUAUUGAUGAUGAUGCAAUUUGUCUUUCAGUUCUUGCAGGAGCUCUUACAAAAAUGAAUCAUCAUGUCAUUGCUGUGACCAACCCAUUAGACGCACUGGAAGUACUAAGGAGGAGGAAAGAUAAAACGUUUGAUUUGACUUUGUCGGAUGUGCACAUGCCAGAUAUGAGUGGAAUCGAGCUCCUUAAACAUGUCGAAGAAGAGUACAAGCUUCCUCUUGUUUGUAAGUAUAAUACUCCGUAUUUUAUAAUGUCUGCUGACCAGAACAGAGACAUCAUCCUACAAGGUUUACAAGGUGGAGCUCUAUUCUACUUUGUGAAGCCUAUUUCUCCACACAAUCUUUCAAAAAUAUGGCAAUUUGCUAUUCCAACAAAGGGUAUAAUUAAUAGCAGUGGUAACCCGAUUACUUCAAUCGACAUGUCUCGUGUCAUAACAAGUGAUCCCGAUACUUUGAUGAGAAUCCUUGAGCAACAAGAAAUGAUGCAUGGCGUCAACAACAAUAUUAACAACAACAACAACAACACUAACAACAAUGACAUUGUGCAAAACUACGCGCCAAUUAUUACUAAUGGCCGAAACAAGGAAAUUACUACACCAUUAGUCUACACUAACAAUGCUAAUAAUAAAAGGCGUAGUAAUACGGGUGUGAAGAAUAAAUCAGCUAACAAAAAGCCGAAGCUGGUUUGGACUACCUCACUUCAUAGCCAAUUUUUAGAGGCUGUCAAUAACCUUGGUGUAGACAAAGCUGUGCCCAAGAGAAUGUUGGAGUACAUGAAUGUUCCAGGACUAAAGAGAGAAAAUAUUGCAAGCCAUUUGCAGAAAUAUUGCAUAUUUUUGAAGCGGGUAUCAGAUGCUACAACUGCCAAUGAAGAUGGCGUUCCCAAUAAUUGGAAUGAGAGGCCAUUUAGAUCAAGCUUUGUGUUGAAUGAAAUCACCUUUCUUACAGGCAGCAUUCAAGAACAGUAUCAAGGCCUUCUAGCAGAGCGUACUCUAGGUGUAACAAAUGAUCCUACUAAUUUUGAAGUAGGGGAAAGUAGCACCCAAGGGGUUAAUGCUCCAAGGAAACAAGCAAGGGGCGGUUUUCCUAGUGAUCCUAGUGAGGCAGCUCGAAGCCUAAAUCGAAAAAUCAAACUACUUAACAAAUUGCAAAAGCUUCAACGUAUGCAUAAACAAGUUUCUCCUAGGUUUAGCUUUGAUCAGCAAGGACUAAGUCCUAUAGACGGCAGGGUUUUAAGCAACCAGUUUCCUCCAACCAACAAUAAUAACUAUGUCGGGCUUCGAUUAAGUACUGAUGGGGAGCUGAUUAGCCCUAUUAACAACACACCAAUAGUUCUUGGUGAUAAUGUUGCUAAUGCUAACUUGGCUAAUGGCAUACAUGGUACCAAUCAUACCGAGAAUGCUAAUAAUGCUCAAGAGGUCAAUUAUGAAAUGAAUUUGGCUGAUAAUUCAGUUCAUAAUACUAAUACACCUCUUCUUGAUCUUUUCUCUGAUAUCGAUGGUCGGAAUUUGUACACACCUAAUGUUGAUCAAAUUGCAACUCCUCAAGCAAAUCCCUUUGGAAUGUCACAAGAAAUGCCAAACAUGCAAGGCGAUGAAUUAAUGGAACUUGGUAUUGAGCUUCCAAUUGAUCAGGACAAUUUUGGCAUUGAUUCCGGAUUUGGACCUGUUGAUGUGCAAGGCAAUGCUCAAAGACAUGAUCAGGGAAUUACUGGCAAUGAUGACAUCUCUUUCGAAAACUAUUUUGCUCAAGAGGGUGGACAAGAAUUCAUCAAUCAGCAGGGAAUUCCUACUAGCAAUGAUGACAUCUCUUUCGAAAACUAUUUUGCUCAAGAGAGUGGACCAGAAUUCCUCAAUCAGCAGGAUGGUGGGGCUGAUUUCAUGGGGCCUAAGUGA